AUGCUUAACCGGCCACCUAAGGUCCUGCUGACUGCCCUCGCUACACUCCAAGCCCACCACCUCACAGAGGAAAGUCGAGUUCUAGAAUUCAUUUCAGAGGUCCAAGCCAAAAUGACGCCGCGGAUAGCUGCAAACUUUGCACGACCAACCAAAGAGGACCUCUUAUACCAAACGGAAUAUGAACAUGGAGUAUGUGAUACAUGUAACGAUUGUGAUCAGUUCAAGCCGACUUCACGAGCUUCACGCGAGCAUGAAGAGCCAGUGAUACACUAUGGACUGAUCGCAUCUGCAAAUCAGGUUGUGAAAGAUGGCAGGCGGCGAGACCAGUUGGCCCGAGACCUAGGGGUUCUCUGCGUGGAGAUGGAAGCUGCGGGGCUGAUGAAUGAUUUUCCUUGUCUGGUUGUUCGAGGCAUUUGCGACUAUGCUGACUCACACAAGAACAAAGAAUGGCAAGGAUAUGCGGCGAUGGUGGCAGCAGCCUAUGCUAAAGAACUUGUCUUGGUAGCUCCGAUCCAUCAGAUUCAAAGCACUCCAACAGCACGAGACACUCUAGCAGAUCCUGUCCACCGCUUCAAUAUCCCUCUAGACCUUAACGCAGUUCCCUUGAUUUCGAACUUCGUGGGACGGCAAGGCGAGCUAGACAAUCUGUGGCAGUUUUUGCAACCAGAAGACUCACCGUCACGGAAAGUUGCAGUUCUUUACGGCCUUGGCGGAAUGGGAAAAACGCAGCUAGCGGUUCGCUUCGCACGAGAUCAUCAAAAUGAUUUUACGGCUAUCUUCUGGCUGAGUGGCAAGGAUCGCGAGUCGCUCGUGCAAUCUUUGGGUGUUGCCUUGAGCCGAUUACCAGGACAGGCCUCGAGUAACGAAGCGAGUAUUGAUACAGAUGUGGAGCAACAAGCCAGGUAUAUGUUACGGUGGCUAGCAUUCGAUGGCAACUCUCGCUGGCUAAUCAUUUUUGAUAACGUCGAUCAUUAUUCCCCUUUUCACGGUGCAGAGUCUGAUGGUUAUGACAUUGGGGAAUUUUUCCCAAACGCAGACCAUGGGUCCAUCCUAAUUACUUCUCGACUUCAGAGGCUAAGUGAGUUGGGGGAGCCUUUCCCAGUUCGAAGGCUUGAAUCUCAAAGCUCGAUUGAACUACUCCUACAAAGCAGUGGUUUUUUAGCAAGUAACACCACUAGCAACUUUGACAAUAAUCCAGAUACCCUUACUCUUGCCAAUCGUCUGGGUGGUCUGCCUUUGGCCAUUGUUAUCGCCGGGGCGUUUAUGCGUGAAACUGGAACCAGCAUCACUGAGUACUUGCAGUACUACCAAAAAUCUUGGUCUGAGCUGCAGCUACAAUCAAACCCUGGACGUCAGUACCAACAAGGCAACAUACUGCAAACAUGGAUGAUCUCAUAUCUUGAGAUCCAGAAACGAGACCCAAGCGCAGCAGACCUUCUAUUGCUCCUUGCUCAUUUUGAUAAUCGUGAUAUCUGGUACGAGUUAGUGGAGUGUGUCCGUCACAGCUCCAACAUCCCGAACUGGCUCAAUAAGGUGACAUCGAGCGGACUCGCGUUUAAAAUUGGUCUGAAGUCUCUCAUCGGGUUCUCACUUCUGGAGAGUAAGCAGCAGGAAGGAAGCUAUGCGAUGCAUCCGGUGGUACAAGAUUGGUGCCUUCAUGUUACCAACGAAAGUAAAGUUUUGGAUCGGAUGCAGUUUCAUGAACUGGCACUGAUAUCCGUUGGAUUCUCUGUGCCCAGUGACAUUCACUGGGAUCAUGCAAAGCUUCAGCAACGGCUUCUUCCACAUGCCGAUCAUGUACGUUAUUUUGGUUGGUCACAUGACGGUAUUGAGUUACUGCGAGCAUUGCAUUGUCUGGGAAAUCUUUACUUGUACCAGAAGAAGCUAAAGAAGGCAGAAAAGAUGUACCAGCGAGCAUUGGCAGGCCAUGAGAAAGCCCUCGGUCCAGAUCAUACGUCCACUCUGGAUAAUCACGGAAGACAUAAAGAAGCGGAAGAGCAUCAGGUACAGGGAAUGGGAAAUGUGAAACGAACGUCAACACUAGACCACCCUCAUCCUCCGCCUGAUACGGAUUUUUUGCCUCUUCAUAGUGUUCGAAGUGAAGAUGUGAUAAUCCCCCUGCCAGGCAUGCAAGCAUCAUCUUGUUCUUCAACAGCGUUAUAUCUAAUUUCCGAUUCUCUUCCUGCGAACAUUUCGAUUCUGGAACUGCGGAUUACCAGCCAUGAUCAGGGGCUUUGUGACGAUCCAAGCAAGGGCAGCUAG